AAUUGUUCUUAAAACGGAGACAAAGAAAAUAAUUUAUUAUACUUCACUAAGUGAACUGUCAUUAUAAUUAUAAACACAGAAAGUGCUCCUCCUAACAAGCAGCCAAGAAUCAGCAACCCUGACGAUCAGGCUGGAGGGUCUGGGAUCGAAGCUUUGCCCGAUGAAGUAUUGGUCGAGGUGUUUAAAAACUUCUGCCUUAAAGAAUUGCUUAAAACAGUGUGCCUGGUCUCAAAGAGGUGGAGGCACAUUAUAAACAACAAUAACAUUCUGUGGAGUUGCCUACUUCUUGAUGAGUGGCCCAUGCAAUAUUUAAAUGAAGAACAAAUUGUUAAUUUCAUGUCGCACUCCAGUGGGUUCAGAUAUUUAUCUAUAAGAUAUAUCGAAAUAACAACAUCAGAAAGGAGGCUUCAAACAUUGUUAGGAGAUAGUCUGGGAUUUUCUAAACGUUUGAGAUAUCUGGAUUUAAGUGGCCAACCGAUAUCAUCCCUUAAUUUCCUAUUGACUGACUCUAAUUCUUCUCCUCUUGAAACCUUAAUCCUAAAUGACUGUAGAAAAAUAGAUACUUGUUGUUGCACGGCUAUUUUAGAGCAAUUACAAAAUCUUACAGUACUAUCACUCAACAGAGUAGGAUUCACUGCCAAUCAAGUGGCAACUAUUACUUCCUCAUUAUGCUCAUUGAAUGUUCUGUGCCUGGUUGGUGUAAGCCUUGAAAGAAACGACGUAAGGCUGAUUUUGCAAAAAUUGAACAGCCUUCAGUUUUUUGAAAUAUCUUGCAGUUCCGAAGAUAAAGAAUAUAUUGAUGCUCUAGGGGAAGAAUAUGACGUUACUUUUGUCUGCCUCUAAGAGUAAAAGCAUGUUACAUACUAUAGCGGCAUAACAGUGUUAUGUUAUAGAAAAUAGUUUGUCAUUUAGUGAAGGUAUAUAUAACCAAGACAUUUUUCAUGUGACCUGUAAAGUACAAUAAAAGCAGGCUAUUGUAUUUAUUUAAUGCAUGUGUGUCAAUUUUAUUGAGGUUAUUGCAAAUAGAUAAAGGACUAACCUAUUAAAAGUUGUGAAUGUAUACAAAUAAACUCUUUUUGUAAAUUUUAGAUGUAGCUGCAAAAUGUCCUGUGCCUACCACUUCUGGUUCAACCACAGGCACAAAGAUUGAUUUGGGAACUGUUGUCAAAGAUGCUGCAGGCUCUUGGGAUGUUUUGAGGCGAUUAUCGCACGAAAUUACAGAUGAAAAAAGAAUGCAAUACCUUACAUUACACUGCAAACCUUCUGAGUCUGAUAUACUUCAUUCUCAUCAAGUUACCAAAGGAAAGAAGACAUGGAAAGUUUCUUUUCAAUCGAAAUGGCUGAAACAGUUCCCAUGGCUUUGCUACAGCUACAUACUUGAAGGUGGGAUUUGUAGUCACUGUAUCUUAUUUCCUAACAAAGUUACCAAGGGUACAACACCAGGUGUAUUGGUCACAGUACCGUACCAGAAAUCUUACACUAAGGCACUUGGCAAGGAUGGCAUCCUCAACUGUCAUGAGCAAUCUGCGAUGCAUAGAUACGCAACUGAACAGGCAGACCUCUUCAAACAAACUUUUCAGAAUCCUGAGAGGUAUAGAGUAGAUUCCCAGCUGGCGACGGCCGAAGCCAAUCAAGCCACAGAGAACAAAGAAAUUCUACGACAGAUUGUUCUAGCUGUUGAGUUUCUAGCAAAGCAGAGUCUGUCCUUUAGAGGACAUCGUGAUGAUCGUGUCGAUUUUUCAAGUUAUGAAACUAACAGAGGAAACUUUGUUGCUCUACUUCAAUUACUUGCGAAAGGAAACGAGCCUCUUCAGAAGCACCUCAUGUCAGCAAGCCGACAAGCAAGAUAUACCAGCAAAACUAUUCAGAAUGAGGUCAUUCACGUGUAUUCAUCAAAAAUUAAGGAAAGGCUGACAGCAGAGCUGAGGGACAAGGGCCUCCCUUUCACGAUUAUAGCAGAUGAGGGUACAGAUCCACACUCAAACCAGGAGAUCUUAUCUUUAUGCCUGAGGUUUGUGGACCAGUCUUCGCCAAACGAUCCUCAUGUCAAAGAAUGCCUGAUUAGUUUUAUGCACUUACAACGAACAAAUUCCACCAUGAUUUCAAGGAAGAUUUUGGAAUCUCUCUCUGAUCCAUCUGUUUCUUUGGAUCCUAGCAACAUCCGUGGUCAGGCAUAUGAUGGAGCUUCUGUUAUGUCAAGUGGAAAGGAAGGAGUGCAGGCUAAGAUAAAAGAGUUCAGUCCGUUGGCUCUUUUCACGCACUGCUAUGCUCACUGCCUAAACCUCUCCAUCGCAGCAACAUGCAAACUGGCAGAAGUGCGAAAUUUGAUAGGUCUGAUUAACGAAGCAUAUCUUUUUUUAAAUAACAGCCCGAAGCGACAGCAGCUGUUUGAGUUGACACUGAAAGAAUACCUUCCUGAGAAUUCUCACAGCAAGCUUCCAGGUCUAUGCAAGACACGCUGGGUGGAAAGGCACACAUGUCUAGAUGUUUUUCUUGAAAUGUAUGAGAUUCUUCUCACAUUUCUUGAUGCUAUUGUUGCCCCCCACGAAUACCCGAAUUUAAAAUCAUCUACUGGAAGCUGGAACUGGGACAAGGAUACCAUCACAAAAGCCCAGGGACUGAAAGCCUCUUUGUCGUCAUUUCAGACAGUAGUGGUUUUCAUUACAACCAAGAAUAUUCUUGAUGAAGUCAAAGCUCUUGCAUCAAAGCUGCAGAAACGGGACCAAGAUAUUUAUGAAGCAUACAUGAUGGUUGAUGAAGUAAUUGGAAACAUCAAGUCUGCUAGAAAAAACAUUGACAGCGACUUUAAAGUGUGGUACACAGAAGUAUUAAACCUUGCCGAGAAACUGGGAAUCGUGGAAGCCGUACCCAGGAAGACAAGCAUACAGAGGAACCGCUCAAACAUUCCCAGCUCUAGUCCAAUUGAUCAUUAUAAAAAAUCUGUGGCUAUUCCCCUCCUUCAUUCCUUGAUUAGUCAAAUGGAAGACCGGUUUUCUGUCGAAGACCGCCACGCACGCCACUUGCUUUAUCUUGUUCCCUCAAUCAUAGUUCAAAACACCAUGGAGCUAUCUGAAGCAACAAAAGGCAUGCUGUUCUGGGAGAAUGACCUUCCUUUUCCCAAAUCCCUUGGGAAUGAGCUGCGAAGAUGGCAAACUAUGUGGCAGUCAACAGAGAAGGACCUCCCAAACAAUCUUUUAUUGGCACUUGGCGCGUGUGACGAGGAUGCUUUUCCAAACAUCCAUCGUCUUCUACUCAUCGCAUGCACCCUACCAAUCAGUAGUGCGGAAGCUGAGCGGUCCUUUUCGCUCAUGAAACGGAUCAAGACCUGCACCAGAUCAACGAUGUCUGAAGAGCGCUUCUCAGACCUUGCUGUAAUUGCGAUGCAUUACCCUGAGAGAUUCGAGGUAGACGAGAUCUGCGAGGCUUUUGUAAAAGCCCAUCCAAGAAGACUUUUUCAGGCUUCGUUGUUUGAUUAAUGAGGUAUGCUAAUGCAGUAGAAAAACGACAACAACUGCUGGACAGUUCAAUCAUACAUUAUUAUUUUUUAAUUUCUGUCUGAGAAAUAAGAUUAAUCCCAGAUUUUAUAUCAUGCCUUCACAAAAUCUAAACAUCAUAUUUUUGGGGGACAGGUAUGACACUGGAACUGUUAAGAGCUCACGCCAGAGGCAUGGGGCCAUCACUCGCCUUCUGCCAUUGGCGAUAAAAGUGUACUACAAUAAUGUACAAACGGGCCGCCGCAAGGGUUUCAAUAAAAGCCGGUUACCGGCGGUUUACUGCCGCCUGUCAUGCCUCUUUCAGCCGUCUAUUCACAGUUUGUAAUUCUUAGUCUCUCUUCUACUAGAACUAAACUAAUAAGUAAUGCAAGAAAGCAACGGAAGAAUUCUAGAACGGAAGACAACGUCAAAAAAAACACUCUUUCCAACCUUGAAAUACAGGCUACAACAACACGCCUUUUGAUGCCCAGAAUGCUGGAAAUUGCAUUUCCGAGCUUCUAGAUUUCAAAUUUUUCUGGGGGGGCAUGCCCCCAGACCCCCCUAGUUGGAAGGGGCCUUGCGGCCCCUUCUAAAUCACCGACAUCUGUACAACCCCCCCUUUCAGAAAAUCCUGGAUC